UGUACUUUCGACGUCCGAACAGUCUGUCGUCAUGUGGGUUAGCGCGAAGACACGAAUGCGGUUUCACAUAAAAUAAAUUCCCGGUAUUAAAUUAAUAUUAUUUUAUUGAAACAAAAACAAAACAGCCUCACAUCUUUAGAACGAAAAAAUAAAUAUUAAAAAUAUUAUAAAAAAAAGGUUGUGCAAUUUUUUGAAAUAUUAGGUGAAUAUAAAUUGUUAAAAUUCACAAUGGGCGAGUGUAUCGAGGAAAAAAAUGCUUUCAUAGAAAUUAUGAAAGAAAUUGGCUGGUCCCCUUUGCAUUGCAUGACAGAACGAGAGGACCUAAAUUCCAUUAAAGAAUUACUGGCCCAAGAUUCAAAUGUAAACAUCCUCGACGACUGCAACAGAACCCCUUUAUCAGUGGCUGCUUCCAAGGGAAAUCUAGAACUGGUGGAGUUUCUAGUGAGUAAGGGAGCCGACGUUAACCAAGGAUUUCCUUUGCAUUACGCUUCUGAAAAAGGUCACUUUCAUAUUGUCAACUAUUUAGUCAAAAACGGAGCUUUAACUAAUUUGGAAAAAGAAAAUACUUACCCUUUGUUGAUCGCAGCGAGUAACGGUGACCUAGAAAUCGUAAAAGUUUUAACUGAACAUGGAGCUGACGUUCACGUUGUUGAUAAAGAUAAAGAAACGGCACUCCACUGGGCCUGCGAUAGUGGCAAUAUCGAUUUAAUUUCUUUUCUAAUCGAUGUUGGAUGCAAUACUGACAUCCAAGAUAAAUUCGGGUUGACUCCCCUUUCAAUAUGUUUGAUCCGAAAGGAAAACCGGCCAGACCUCGUAAAACUUCUUUUAAAAAAAGGAGCUUCAGCAAGUAUUCCAGACGAAGAGGGUUAUACGUAUUUACACAGCGCGGAACAUCCAGAAUCGCUAUUAGAAUUAAUUAAACACGGCGUGAAUGUAAACUCCCAGAAUAUAUACCAAGAGACGCCGCUUUACAACGUCUCGUUUUACAGGCAAAUUGAAUACAUUGAAUGUGCGAAAGUCCUCUUGCAAAAUGGCGCUAACCCAAAUAUUCCUGCCAAAGGUGGAUGGACGCCUUUACACUUUGCGGCUGCAGAAGGUUAUUUAGAGUACGUAGAAGAACUAUUGCAAUGGAAGGCAGAUGUGAAUUCAGUUAAUGCUGAAAAUAUAAUUCCGCUACAUUUAGCAGCAUACAAUGGACACCUCGAGAUUGUCAAACUAUUGCUAGAAAACGGAUCAUUUAUUGAUAUUCCUGUUAUAGAUCUGCCGUAUAUUAAUAACAACGUUCCAUAUCUUAUUGAACGCGAAGCCAUUACUGAUGGACUAACGCCGAUUUCUUUGGCUGCAACAAACGGGCAUAAGGAAGUGUGUGAGCUUCUUGCACAGUUUGGUGCUAAAACUGAAAACGCCGAAAAUUCUUGCGUCACAAAAAAAAUAAAUGAUUGGCCACAAAAUAACCUGUUGAGUUCAGUCAGGUCAAACAAUUUGGAAGAAAUCGAAAGUGUAAGCGACGUUGGCUGUCUGGAAGUGGUAGAUCUGAUUGGCUGGACACUUUUGCAUCACGCUGUUUACAACGGUUUUUACGACAUGUCUCAUUUAUUGAUUAAAAAAGGAAUAUCCGUGAAUGCUUUAGAUAAAUACCAACGAACUCCUUUAUCUAUAGCUGCGGCGAAAAAUGACGUACGAAUGUUUAAUUUAUUAAUGGAUAGUGGAUCGGAUGUGAACUUGGGAUUCGUUUUGCAUUACGCAAUCGACCAAGAAUCUCUUGAAUGCAUUCACGAGCUCAUUAAAUACAGCUGUGAUAUUAACGUUAGUGACAAGACUGAUUUAGAAACUCCGCCCUUGUUACAAGCGGUUUCUGCGUUAAAAACCAAGAUCGUGAACAUUUUGUUAACUCACAAAGCUAAUCCGAACUGCACCAACAAACACAAAGAAACUCCUCUUCACCUCUCCUGUCGACUUGGUGACUUGGAGACAGCACAGAUUUUGCUCAAUCACGGUGCUAAUGUGAAUGCUGUCGAUUCGAUCAAAGAAACUCCUCUAUUAAACGCAGCUAGAUCAAAUAACAACGACUUAGUAAAAUUGCUCUUAAGUAACGACGCUGAUGUUCACGCGAAGAAUAAUUUUGAUUGGACUUCCUUACAUAACGCUGCUUACUCAAAUUCUGAAAUUGUCGCUUUAGAUCUCAUAAAUGCAGGUGCUUCGGUUAAUGCCGUCAACGACGAGGGUGAAACGCCACUGUUCUCAGCUGUGGGAAACGUAGCAAUUCUUCAAACCCUCAUUCAACACGCCGCAGAUGUUAAUUAUCGUGCACCUGGUGGAUGGACGGCACUGCAUGAAUGUACCGAAGAAGGAAACUUAGACUGCGUUAAAGAAUUGUUAAAACACAAUGCGAAUGUAAAUAGUGCUAGCGCUGAAUUUGUGUUACCUAUAUAUAUAGCGGCCAUUGGAGGCCACGCUUCUAUUGUUGAAGAAUUACUACAACACGGUUCAAUCGUAGAUCCAGCUAUUCUUAAUAUUGGUGUUAUUAGAGAUGAUAGUGGAAAUCACCCUUUGAGUGAAAGAUAUCAUAUUGUUGCAGGUAACACGCCACUGAUUGGAGCUGCUUCUAAAGGUUAUUUGGAUGUUGUUAAGGUGUUAUGUUUACACGGAGCAUCAUUAAAUGCUGUCAAUCAUGAAGGAAAUAGUGCAUUACAUGAAGCUGUUGUAAAUGGAUUUGUAGAAAUUGUGGACUUUCUGUUAACAUUAGAGAUUGACCUGGAUAUUAAGAAUGUAGAGCAAAAAAGUGCGCUCGAUCUGGCGAAAGAUCAGAAGAAUGAAGAACUGGUACAAUUAAUCAGCACAAAGAUAAGAUGAAAUGUGUGUACAAGGCUACUAUUUCAUUAUCACUUAACUAUUCACUUGACAAAAAUCGCCAUGUAAUGUUUGGUUGUUCAAUAAAUAUGAUUGUACGCUUGAA